AUGGAAGACUCCAAUGGAGAGAAAGGGGAUCAAGGAGUCAGCGUGGGUCUCUCAGGGCAUUGCAAAUGCAGCGUCAACGACAUUUCGCAAAUUCUAGAGACCAUUCCGAGUUUAAGAGGCCCUCCGGGACCUCAGGGCCCCACAGGAGCUGAUGGUACCACUGGUGCUCCAGGAAAAACGGGUCAAAUGGGAGAUCCGGGUCCACCAGGUCCGAUAGGUCUUAAGGGUGACCGAGGAGAAAGAGGUGAAAGUGGAUCUCCGGGUAUAGAAGGUCAGCCGGGGCCUAAAGGUGACCCUGGGGUUGAUGGAACUCCGGGGCUGCAAGGACCGCCUGGCCCGCCGGGACCACCAGGUUCUGUUUCAACUGCACUUAUGGAAUCAACGGGAUUGUACGGGUCGAGUAAUCCGGGUAUAGCGGGGCCCCCGGGUGAAAGAGGUCCUAUGGGCUUACCCGGGCCACAAGGGGAGCGGGGCUAUCAGGGAAACAAGGGGGAAAGGGGAUUACAUGGACCUAAAGGCGACAAAGGAGAGCGGGGCAACGUGGGUCUAAGAGGACCGCAUGGGGCCAAAGGGGAGCGGGGCCAACCGGGCCGAGAUGGAACUCCGGGUUUGCCAGGCGCGCACGGCCGACCAGCGGAAAAGGGCGAGAAAGGUGUACGAGGUUUGCCGGGGCCGCCAGGGCCACCCACUUUGGCAGUCUCAGAAAACUCUGUUUUGGGCGACAUCGCUCGAAGUGGACCAAGGGAUGUAACGAAGGGGAUGAAAGGGGACCGGGGCGAGAGAGGCGAAAAGGGUGAAAAAGGCAUGAGAGGAAUUGAAGGGCCGCAAGGUUUUCCAGGCACAGAUGGUAAGCCUGGUGAACGAGGAGACAUAGGCCCAUCUGGGUUGCCAGGGACUCAGGGGCUCCAAGGAUUAUUGGGCCCAAAAGGAGACAAAGGAGAAGCCGGCCCUCCUGGUCCAGUCGCAAUAUCCAGGGACGAAGCUUCUAUUUGGACUAAGGGUGAAAAAGGUGAGACUGGCCCACGAGGGAAGCGGGGCCAUCCGGGUCCACCGGGGCCACGUGGUCCACCCGGAUUACCAGGCCCCCCCGGCACACCCGGCACGAACGGGCCUUCCGGCGAUAUUGGAUUACCCGGAUGGACGGGUCCACCAGGCGCUACGGGAUCGCCUGGCCCGCAAGGUCAAAAAGGCGAGAAAGGAGACCCCGGCCUAAACCCGCUCAACCUCGAAAAGAUAAAAGGAGAGAAAGGCGAUCGGGGAUAUGACGGGACGCCUGGUACUCCGGGUAAGGAGGGACCUAGAGGCCCAGCGGGACCUCCCGGUAGUCCAGCCACCAACAUACAAUACAUCUCCGUCCCAGGCCCGCCGGGACCCCCCGGACCUCCAGGGCCCCCAGGGAGUCUUUACCCCAACGAAGUUCCCACUGACACAUUGACAGAUAGCCCCGGGAUUAAUCGACGCGAACCCGGCACAGGCAAAUAUCGCGACCCUUUGCAAAUUUUGAGGAGUUUGAGCCAUCCCCUGCAGUACCGCCCUGAGUCUUACGGAUAUCGCGACCCGUUGGAUCCUCUUGUUGAAAAUGCCGAAUUUGAAGAUGACGACGAUGGUAGAACUAUUGUUGGGACUAUUAUAUUCAAGACAACGCAAUCCCUAAUCCGGCUGGGCACUAUCUGCCCUGUGGGCACUGUCGCUUACGUCAUUCAGGAACAAGCGAUGCUUGUUCGGGUGAAUAACGGAUGGCAAUAUGUGGCGAUGGGUUCCUUACUGGCCAUUCAUACACCACCUUCAAACGGCCCAACGCGAACACCGUUCCAGAAUAUUCUAGAAACAUCUAGUUUAGUUCACCAUAAGAAUCCAGCAGGGGAGGGACCUGUGCUACGCCUCGCAGCAUUGGAUGAGCCCCAUACUGGUGAUAUGCACGGAGUCAGUAGCACUAACUACGAAUGUCAUCGAGAGGCGCAGAAAGCUGGUCUCGAAGGGACUUUCCGCGCUUUUAUAUCUUCUAGGUGA